GCGCCUUGUUUGGCGCCAGCGUUUUCGCGGGACUGCUGAAGAAAUAGCAAGACGGCAGCUUAGCCCUCCCUUAUUGACAUCCAUUAUUUUAAAACAUAAAUAACUCUCGAUAAUUUUUUCAGUAUAAGCUUUUCGUCCAUGCCAUCGCCGUUUUAUGCUGGUUGUGUUCUUUUAAUUUCAGUGAGGUGAGGAUGAUGGCCACAGUCCCCAUGUCCAGCUCCAGCCUCCUCUCGCUCCUCAGGACUCUGGAGGAUAAUGCAGCCGGUGUGUCUGAGCAGACAGAUGCCUACCUUACUAUUGCAAAUCGGUUGAGUGGAGAAGACGGACGGCAAUUUUUUCCUUUAAUCCUAAAGCACUUUCCACGUCUGGGUAAAGCUUUUCAGACCCACAUAUCCAGCGAGAACGAGGAGCUAAGCCAGGCUGCACUUCAAGCACUGGGCUUUUGUGUAUUCAACACGAACAUUGUAUCUGGCAUUCCAGUAAAUUUUGCAGAGGAGAUUUUGUUGACCCUUUGUGCCUUGGUGUUAAAGACUACAGACAAGAACACCUGCACACGAGCAUUAUGGGUCAUUUCAAAACAGAACUUUACUGCAGAAGUUGUUGCCAAAAAGACACCAGAAAUACUUAAGACGCUAGAGGCUUUGCAGACAAAAGACAUCCAGUCAGUCUUAACGGAUCAUGAGUCACUAAAUGUUGUGAUAAAGCUGCUUGAGCAGGCCCCUGUUCAGAUGGGAGAAGGAGCAGUCACGUGGAUUAAGCUGGUCAUACCUUUGGUAGUUCAUCCAGCCUCGAAGGUGCGCUUGCGAGCGGCUGCAGCACUGGAGCUGGGAAUGCCUCUUCUUCUGGAGAAACAGCAGGAGGUGGCUGCCAUUGUAGAGCCCAUGAUGUCGUCUAAACUUAUCCCUGAGAUGCAGAAACUCUUCUCCACCAAGAAUGAGAGCAAUGUGCUGAAGCUCUGGCCUUUAUUUGUAAAGCUUUUGGGCAAGUUGCUUCACAAAGGAGGAGCCUUCAUCAACUCACUGCUCUAUUUAGAAGAGCUGGGAUUUCGCAGCUCUUCUCCCAGCAUUAAGAAAAUUGCCUUCAUAGCCUGGAAGAGCCUCAUUGACAACUUUGCUCUCAAUCCAGAUAUUCUCUGUAGCAGCAAGCGACUAAAACUGCUUAUGCAGCCACUCAGCUCCAUUCUUGUAAGGACUGAAGCCUUGUUGCUCACCAAAUUAGAGGUCUGGUGGUAUCUGGUGGUCAAACUAGGGCCUAAUUUGUCUGCUAACUUUGAACAGGUUGGUGUGCCACUGCUGCUCAGCACAAUUCCUGCAGAUGUGUCAUUGUUGUUUCCAGCCACCCCUGCUAGAAACACAAGCCAGAGCAAUGGCAUUGGACUAGUUACUCCUAAACCAGGUGUUGCUUCAUGUAGCACUCCAGGUCCUAACUCUCGUCUGAGCCUUAACAGCAGUGCAAGUGUCCCACAGACCUACUCCUCCAUCCAGCUGCUGGGGCUGGAGAUGCUACUACACUAUUUUUUAGGCUCACAGGCCAGUGCUGCUGCAGCCAAGAACAGCCUGCAGCUCAGUCUUGAGCCUUUGACACACAACCUUCUGAGCAGCAACUCGUUCUUUAGCAAGCAUUCCUCCACACUCAUUUCGGCUGUUAGAGAUGGAUUCAUUUCUGUGGGCAAAGAUGCUCCAGAAGCAUUGCUGAAUCUGAUAUGGAGCAGCCUUGUGGGCCAUGUCAAUACAACAGUAGAGGCUGCUGGCAAUAAGAAGGAGAGACAGGGUUCUGAAGUACUUACCCUCCUGCUACAGGCUCUUCAGUCUAUUGUGUCCUCUGAAGCCCUGCCAGCUCCGCGAGCACUGGCUUUGUUUGAAGCUACUGUGAAGGCAAUCCCUCAGAAGGUGCUAGGGUCUGCGGCCUAUCAAGUGGCCAACAUGGAUGUCUUGAAUGGUACCCCGGCCCUUUUCUUGAUUCUCCUCUUCUUCAAGAGCAGUAUGCUCUCAUCGUUUGUAACCGAUGAAAGAUUCUUUGUGUGCUUGGAGACCCUUGUCAGUUGCGGUCUCUGUGGUCCCACAUCCCCUCUGGCCUUUGCAGAAUCAGUUUUGGGCACAGUCAGUGGCAGUGUGGAGACUGUGGAAAACAAAGAGCAUUUGUGGAGAAUGUGGAGUGUGGUUGUGAACCCUUUAACUGAUACCAUUACACAGACAAAUGAGGUAAACCAAGGAGAUGCCCUGGAGCAUAACUUCAGUGCAAUUCAUAGUGCCCUGAUGUUUCCCAUUAUUCACCUUUUGCCUGGCUCGGGUCUUCCACAGACGACUCAGAAAACCAUGCUGGGCACUUGGUCUCGAUUAUACAAGGCUUUUGCUCGCUGCUCAGCUCUUGUGGCUACAGCAGAAGAGAAUGUUUGCUGUGAAGAGUUGUGUGCCAGGGUAUCUGCUGCACUGGAUGGUGAAGCCCUGAAGAGUUUGUUCACUCUUGAUGCUGUAGCAAAUAUCUUGCUGUCCAUUAUUGAAACUGUGGACUUUUCUCCAUUUACCCCUCAGUUUCAGCAAAAGAUGAAAUCCCCUCACACACCACUUGGUUGGGUUCGAAAGAGAAACAAAGCUUUGGGGAAUCUCUCAAACUUUCAUGUGCUCUUGGUGCAGUCCUUGGAAGUUUUCCUAACCUUGGCCUCUUCAGGGGAGAACAGUGCUGUUUUAAGUACCAUUGGUACAAUACUGUUCUCUAUUGUGUCUAUUCUUUUCACAAACCUUGCAUUACCCACUGUUAUCCAUGAGUCUUUGGCUUUCCUCACCAAACCUCUUGGACUUCUUUAUGGACUAGUAGGAAGUUCAGAAGAUGAACAGAAGACCCACUCUGUGCUAGGAUCCAAGUUGGAAAAGCUGGUAGGCGAUGUGCUUGGCAACCUGCAAACGCGUUCUGCACUGCAAUAUGAUGAUGAGCUCCUGGAGGUUUUGUGUCCUUUGCUCUGUGUACUGUUCCAGCACAAGAGCAAACAAAUCCGCUCCAUCAUUACUCAGUUCUGGAAUGCAACUUUUGGAAAUGCUGUUGUACUGGCAUACCCUGAGAGUCUCAGGCCUAUUUUAAGUCAAGCUAAGCAGAAGUCUCCUUUAAUCUUACCUGGUUUUCAAGCAGUUGAUGACUUUGAGGAUUUCAGCGGCCCGUGCUCUAGUGAGUGUUCUCAGCUUGAUGCCAAAAUCAGUGGGAUUACAGUGACUUCAGUAGGGAAGAGAGAAUCCUUACUAACCAGGGCAGCAGAGCUAAAGGAAAAGAGCUCUGGAACACCCUCCAAGCCAGUAUCUGUGAAACUGGAUUUUGGUUCUCCAAAGCUGCCACGAAAAGAAGUUCUUGAGGAGGAAGCAUCAGUAGAUUUUGUCUUCAUUCCACCUGAGGCAAAGGAGAGAGUGUUGACUGAACAUCAGAAGGAGGUCAAAAGAACUAAAAGGGUUGAUAUCCCUGUUAUGUACAAUAAUUUGGAUGCAUCUUUGGAUACUACGGCAUUUACACAGUACACUCAGAGCCAAGAGGAAUCAAUGGACAAAUUUCCAACACAUGAACAAGCUGAGACCAAAAAAGUUGCAAUGACUGAACUGAAGGAUUUAAAGGAUGAGGCAUCACCUGUUGGCCAUGAUCAGAAGGUUUUAGAAAACAGUCCAGGUACAACUGCACAAGACAAAGCAACAAAUGAAAGUAACCAAACUAGUGAGGGCCCAUCUUCGGCAGAUGUCACAACUUUGGGAGCAAGUGACCUUAAUGAUUCCGCAAGCCAUAAAGAGAGCCAAAGCCCAAAUGUGUCGGGUUCAUCCGACAUGAUCUCUGGUACUCCACCAAAGCCUAACAGUCGACGUCAGUCUUUCAUCACCCUUGAAAAAUAUGGAGAGGGAAGAGCAGUUAGUUCCCCAAGUGUUGAAAAAUUUACUGGCCCACUCACUAGGACAUGUAGUCAGGAGCCUCCAAAGUCACAAAAUGACUCCAAAUUGCUCCCACCUGCCUCUUACUCACAGCCAGAAACUGGAAAAGAUGACCCUAAAGAAUCUACUACUGAUAUUACCCAGGAUUCUUCUAAUCAAUCUGUUGGACAAAAUGAGAAAAUACCGGCAAUGGUAAAACCAGCUAAAUGUUUAAGUGAAGGCACAGAAGAUGAAGAUGAUGUGAUUCCAGACACUCAAACCCAAGAGCUACAAGAGGCAAGUGAUGCUGGUAACAAGUCUUCAGACAAAUACAAUGAGGACAUGAACAUGGAAAUUGCCUCCCCUGGUGGAGAAUCUGAUGUUGCUGCUUCUCAGGAUUCAAGUCAGGUUGAACUGAGGAGGUCAGGUAGACGCAGAAGUAAACCUAUCCUGCCCGGGGAAGAGUCAGAUCAGGAAUCAAAAAGCAAGCAGCAGAAAAAGGCUCCUGUUAAAUCACCAACUUCAAAUGAUGCACAAACAUCUACACCUGCCAAGAAAGCAGCAGUUUUGCCCACAAGAACCAGAAGAAGUAGACUCCAUGAAGAGAAUUUAAAUGAAAGUGGCAAAUUGCAGGAUAGCGAACAGAAAGAUUCACAAGAACCAGCUCUGGCUGGCUCUUUAUCGCAAAGACGAAGCAGAAGUAGGAGUAAAGAGAUUAACCAGACAGAGCUGUCUGAUGAAAAACAGUCUUUAAGUCAAACAGAUGAUAAAAAUGAAUCUCCACUUAGUCAGUCAGAUAGUCCGUCAAAUAGCAGGCCUGUAAGGAGGACCAGAUUAUCCAAUGCUAAUGUACACGUUUCGGACAAAAGAAAAAGAUCUGAGUUAGACUCUCCAGUCGAGAUAUCCAAGCAAGUUGACUGCUCUGUGUCUGAUGCUGAUAACCAGUCAGCUGGCAGACCAAGAAGAGCAAGGCGGUCUGAUGGAGCUGAAGCACAAAACAAAGACAAGCCUGGGCAUAGAAAUAAAGGGAUAACUGACCCAAGCCCUACUCGCACACCAACACUUGCAAAAUGUAGGCAAUUAGGUAGGUGGAAAAAGGAUGAUGAUGAUGAUGAUGAUGAUGAUGAAGAUGAAGAUGAAGAAGACACUACUCCCUCAGGUUCAGUGAAUUCUGAGUGCUCAGAGGGUAAUGUGCACAGUGAGUUACAGAAAAAUUCUCAAGGGCCUGGCAAAUAUAGAACUCGACGGUCAUCUCAAGCCUUGUUGGUAUCUGUUGAGAACUCCGAGUCCGAUGGGUCUGAUACCCGAGAUAGACAAAGACCUAAAAGGGCUAGAGGGCUUAAAUCAUCUGAAGUGAUGCCAAGCACAGUGGUUAGUGAGAAUACUCCUUUGAAUAUUUUGGGCAAGGAAGAUGCAGUUAUCCCUUCCAUUCCAAUGGACACUUCUAAGAAUGAGUCAGAGGCCUGUUUAGGUGUUGGCCCACUGAAUGAGGUUCAAGACCUUUGCAAAGCUGAUGACAAAGAUGAGCCACUUGUUGCUGAAGACCAGAUGAUUGACAGUUCUGAUUUAAAAUCAGCUGCUGAUGAGCAACAAAGCGACAAAGAGACAAUAAUGCAAACAGAUUCUGAUCACAAGGAGUCACUUAACGCUGUUCUGGAGCAGAGAGAUGCUGAGAAAGAAGCCCUUCUAUCUCCACUUAACAGCCUACAACUACCUGCAAAAGUUGAAUUAAAGGCUCCAGAAUUGCGUACAUGUCCACAUAGUAAAAGAGGUCGUGGACGCAGACGCUCCACUAACUGUAACUGUCACCAAGUUAGCAGCACGUCUUCAAAAGAUCAAUGCAGUAAUUCUCAAGAUGUCCAGGAUAUAAAGGAAAACAAGCUUCUGCUUGAAUCCAGCACCCUGGUGUCUGAGGCUGAGUUGAACAGCAUCACAUCUGUUUUACCGGAAAAGGAGGGGGAAGCUCUCCAAGUUGGUUGUCCUGACGUUGCUAAUGUACAGUCUUCUCCAACCUUGCCCAACCUACCAGAAGCAGAGGUGCCUACUGAGAGCCCAGUGGAAAAGCAUAAUGAAAGCGUUUCUAAUUUCUCUGAUGUGAAUGAAAGUACAGCUAUGGAAGAGGAACACCACAAAGACAAUGUUGUAGAUGGCACAGAGGAUAAACUUAAAGAAAUAGAACACAAUACAAUUUUAUUAGAAAAUCCAUUUGGACAGGAGCAAACGCUGGAAGCUUCAAGUGCACCAGAUGUUUUGCCAAGCCAAAGUCAACCUGUGCAGGAGGAAAAACCUUUCUGCCAGGAACAGUCUGAAUCUCCUGUCAGUCAGGAGGAAAUGGUUCACAAUGGAGAAAAAAGUGAGAUGACUAGAAAGGAGGAACUUGUGCUUUCUGAAUUUGGCAAUAAUCAAGAAGAGCAGGAUGAUGGUGAAGCAACACAGAUAGACAAAGAUCUUCAGGCUGAGACAGCUCAACCUUGUGAAGCAUCUAUACCUCCACAAACUGCUGCACUGGAAUCAGGCUUGGACUCCCCACCCAAGCAGAAAUCUUUAGAUUCUCUUUGUAGCAAUACAGAAGUGAGACAGAGUCCCAGUAAUAGUGUAACACGUGGUGUAUGGUCACCAUCAGCCUCUCCAUCUACAAGCAUACUGAAGAAAGGACAGAAGAGGCAAUGUGAGGAAGAUUCUCCAUCGCCUCUUAUUAAGUCUCGAAGAGUAUCCUUCGCAAACCCGAUAUACCAGCAGGAACUGGCAGAUGAUAUUGACCGCCGUAGUCCAGUAAUACGGACCAGCUCUCCAAAAUCAAAAGCUAUUGGGCAGCCUAAGUAUAUUACAACACCUACAAAAGGCCUGUUAACCCUCAGUCCUCGCAACCUUCGCAGUCCGGGUUACAAGAGUUCAAAGAAAUGCCUGAUCUCAGAAAUGAGUCAGGAGCCACGCCCCAUUCCAAAGGAUUGCGUUUAUCCCGCCCUUGUCAGCUGUUCUACGCCUGUGGAGGCUGUUCUGCCCCAGAUUUCAUCCGCAAUGUGGCCUCGAGGUUUUGGUCAGCUUGUGCGUGCUAGGAAUAUUAAAACAGUUGGAGAUCUGAGUGCUCUAUCCCCAAAUGAGAUCAAGUCGCUCCCUAUUCGCUCACCUAAGGUGUCGAAUCUCAAAAAAGCUCUGAAAACUUACCAUGAGCAGCAGCGCAAAGGACGGCCAGAUGACCUGAAAAGCUUUGAUGAAAUGGAGAAAAUGACUUCUGAACCUGAGGAGACUACUGCAGCUCCAAAUCAAGAGGAGGACCAAAUGUCUGGAGAUGGACAAGAAGUAAUUUCUUCAGAAGUGGAAUCAACUGUAGAGCACAAACAAGAGGAGCCAAUGCCUGUGGAGGUUGUGUCGGAUGUUGCUUCUCUGGGAGCUCGUCUAACCCAAGAGGAGCUUGGUCGUUGUUCCCCAAGAGAACUUGGGCUGAUGCAUGAACAACUCAGUGGCAUGAUGAGAAUUAUUGUGGAUCAUCUCCAGGCACGUUUGAUCAGGAACCUUGAGGACAGUUUGUCAUGAUGGCAGCCAACCCUCGUAUCCUCAGCCUUCUACAUGGAACAUGCCUCAGUGACUGGCUUUUAACAUGUUAUCUGUGGACGUUAUUGUUUUUAGUGAUUGUUUUUAGCUCUGGAUCUUCUAACAUCUUAUUUUCCAGACAGAUGCGAUGGGUCUGCAAAUACCCACUUGGACAUUUAUAGCUUGUACCAUAUUCAUAUUCUGAGAGAGCAUUUUAUGGAUAAAUGGGCCUCGCUUUAGCCUUUUUAUUGCCGCUUUUUAAAGAAAUCCAUGCAAACCAGAAUGCAGAUGGCACUUUUUAGUAUUACAAUAUUUUUUGUUUAAAUAAAGGACUAAAGGUAUAAGAGUGUUGUUUUCACCAGUGAUGCACCCUCCAUUUCCAAGAUGAGUGUUUCAUGGGUAAUCCAUCUUACAUAUUUUAUAGGUGACAUUCUUUUUUUUUUUUUAUUUUUUUUUUUUUUUAGGAUUAUCUCCUGCCAUGUAGAAUUUGAGUUUAUAAAUAGUUAAGUUAUGCAUCCUAUGAUCUUUAGUCUGUUACAGUGUUAGUGUAAAAAGAAAAAAAAAAUCAUUCUGAUUUUAAGUUAGUAGCAGCCUUCUUUAGGAUAAUAAGCAUUUUAUUAUAUUUCUAUACCAUAACAAACCAAAAUUCUUUCACUGACAAUGCCUUCUGUUUUUAGUUUUUUAUUACUAUUGCUAACUAUUCAUUGAAUCACUUCAUACACAACACAUGGACAGUUCAGCAAAUGAUCUCUUUUUUUUUUUUUUGUUUGUUUGAAAGGGAUCUUUAAAAGUGGAAAUGCAUGUGGCUGCAUGCAAUGAUUUGUAAUAAAGCCAUCUAAAAACCUGGAUAUAUUUAAA